AUGUCGAGUACAGAGGAAGCAGCUGCGGUGCCAGCCUCGCAGAAGGGCUCAUGGACCGGUUUCCUCAAGGUAAGAGAGACAGCACAUGGAACUUUGCAAUGGCUCUAACUGUAGAAGCAAUUGGCGUCUUUCAACGGCGACCUCUCGUCCAUGACGGCCCCAGCCUGGAUUCUCUCCACCUCCUCGCUCACUGAGUUCUCCGGCUACUGGGCUGAGAUGCCUCACCUUCUUGUCGCACCGGCAGCCGAGAGAGAUCCUCAGAAACGGGCCAUGCUUGUGCUGAAGUGGUUUCUGAGCACACUCAAACAACAAUACGCCAGCAGAAAUGAGAAGCUAGGGAGUGAGAAGAAGCCUCUCAAUCCUUUUCUAGGCGAGCUCUUUCUCGGAAAGUGGACCGAUGACGUGGGCGAGACGCAGCUAGUCAGCGAACAGGUGUCUCACCAUCCUCCCGUCACAGCAUACAGCAUUUGGAACAACAAGCACGGCGUGAGACUGCAAGGCUACAAUGCGCAGAAGGCCAGCUUCGGUCGAACGAUAAACGUACGUCAAGUCGGACACGCUAUCCUCCACAUCGACGAGUACGACGAGGACUACUUAAUCACCCUGCCCUCUUUGCACAUCGAAGGCCUGAUCAAGGGCUCGCCUUACGUUGAACUUAACAAGAGCAGCUACAUUGUGUCUUCCUCCGGUUACACAUCCAGAAUAGAUUACACCGGAGCUGGUUGGGUUUCCGGGACAAAGAAUACGCUGAGUGCGAUCAUGUUCCGACAUGGCAAGGAGAAGAGCAAGUCGGAUGUACUUUACAAAGCAGAUGGCAGCUGGACGGGCAAGUUCGCCAUAAAAGACCACAAGGGCAACGUGGUGGAAGAGUACGACGCAAAGACAGAGCCAAAGACGGACCUGAGUGUAGCCGAUAUCAAGGACCAAGAUCCGCUGGAGUCAAGACGCGCCUGGAAGAAGGUGGCAGAUGCCAUCAUGAAGAGCGAUAUGAACACCACUUCAGCAGAAAAGAGCAGAAUUGAGGAGCACCAACGUGCGCUCAGAAAGAAGGAGCAAUCAGAGGGCCGAGAGUGGGAGCGAGUGUUCUUCUCCAAGGCCAAUUCAUUGCCGAUCUUCGAUAAGCUGGUUAAGGAGGUUCCCAAUGGGAGCCUUGAAAAAGAUCAGACCGGCGGCAUCUGGUUGUUCGAUCAGGAGAAAUCGAAGAAUGCCAAGCCGCCUUUCAGUCCCUUGAGCGAGGAGUUGAAGAACGGCUGGUAG